AUUAAAAGUAUUCAAUAUCUUUCUGUUAGCAUAUGCUCAUGGUGCAUGAAGAGAUCAAACCAGUUAUUUGGGUCCGCGUUGCUGGGCUUAUUCUGCACCGGGUGUAGGUAGCUUUUUAAAGCUUUGGCAGAUUUUCUCUUCCGUUUGUUUCUUCCCCGCCCGUCGAUGGAUUUUCAGCAAGCAAACUCCUUACUCGGCAUAUCAUCUCCCAGCUUCCUCCUUCCUUCUGGUGGAAGUUCGAAUUUUUUGCCGGAAAGUUCUCUCUUUUUCUUCUGAGUCGAUCGGUUUGCCAUGGAUUUGGCUUGUGGGGCUCCGCGGGCCUCUUGCUCUUUCCCUUUCAUGCCUCCUCCUGCUGAACCUGCAACCACUGGAAGUUCGACUUCUCGCGUUCCGUCUCUUCUUCAUCUGGCCAAGAACCCAGCUCAGAACCCCCGUCUUCGGCUCAAAGGUGAGAUUCCCCUGAAGUUCCAAGGUCGUCAAUUUCCGGUUCAUCAAUUGAGACUUCAGCCCUUUCCUCAAGCAACUGCUGGUGAUAAAACAACUGUUCCAUGCGAAGAUGGUCAAGGGCAGUUGUCAGCUUCUGAUUCAUCAGAACCUUUGCAGGGGCAAGGUAAUCUGGUGGCAGAAGAUGAAGAAGAACAAAACGGAGAUGAUGUUGGAAGCUUUGAUGAGAAUAAAAUGGUCCGAGUGUGUGACAAGCUGAUAGAGGUUUUCAUUGUGGACAAGCCUACUCCAACUGACUGGAGAAGGCUAUUAGCAUUCAGCAGGGAGUGGCCCAACAUCCGGCCCCACUUCUAUAAGCGUUGUCAGGACCGAGCAGAUAGUCUGGAUGACCCCGGAAUGAAACAUAAGCUUCUCCGACUUAGUAGGAAACUAAAAGAGGUGGAUGAUGAUGUCCAGAGACACAAUGAACUUCUUGAAGUUGUCAGGAGUGCUCCAUCCGAGAUAAGCGAAGUGGUCGCUCAUCGUCGUAAAGAUUUUACAAAAGAGUUCUUUCUGCAUGUUCAUACAGUUGCAGAAUCCUAUCAUGAUAAUCCAUCUGAGGGAAAUGCUGUGGCGAAGCUUGGUAACAUGUGCUUGGCUGCCGUGCAAGCUUACGAUACUGCAACUGAAAAUAUGGAGGCACUGAAUGCAGCAGAGCUGAAGUUCCAGGAUAUCAUCAAUUCCCCUUCAUUAGAUGCUGCUUGUAGGAAGAUAGACAAUUUGGCUGCAAAAAAUCAACUUGAUUCUGCAUUGGUGCUUAUGAUCACGAAAGCUUGGUCAGCUGCAAAGGAAUCAAACAUGAUGAAGGAUGAAGUAAAGGACAUUCUUUAUCAUCUCUAUACGACUGCAAGAGGCAACCUUCAGAGGCUCAUGCCCAAAGAGAUUCGGAUACUCAAAUAUCUCCUCAUGAUUGAGGACCCAGAAGAACGAGUUUCUGCCCUAGCAGAUGCAUUUACACCUGGAGAAGAACUCCAAGGGAAGGAUGUAGACUACCUCUACACGACACCGGAGGAGCUUCACACUGCGAUAAGGACUGUUAUAGAAGCUUAUCAUUUUAGCAGGGAAGGCACCCUGAUAAGAGAAGCCAGGGACUUGAUGAACCCUAAGAUUGUUGAGAAGUUAGAGCAACUGAAGAAGCUAUUAGAAGACAAGUACAUGUGAACGAGACCUUCCAGGUCUCCAAUGUUGGUUGUGGACUCAGAUUAUUGGCAGCCCUUCUCGGUCAGUUUUGGGACAAUCAUUAUGAGUUACAUUUCUUGUGUAGACCGUUGGGAACUGAGAUGAUAAGGAAUAUUACUCUGGUUGAAAACUUCAUGUUUGAAAAGAGGUUUUUCUUCCCCUUCUCAACCUAUGAGAUUAGGUAAAAGAGGAUGAUUGUUUGCCGGGUAACUGCAAAACAAUUUAUUAAUCCAUAAAUUAUUUUUUGAAAAA